AUGGAGCAAAUUAUUGUUGAACAACAGUUCAGGGGACGUCGACAUACGAUCCAAGGGGAGCCUUUAAACGUCAAUCCAAAUCUUACGCCAAAGCUAAUUCAGCAAUCGAGCCAUUCAUCUGAUAUUGUUCCAGAAAAUGCAAAUCUAGAGAAGCAGUCAUCGCAAGACUCAUCUAUUCCAACGUCACCAUUAAAUAUUUUAAAACCAGUUAAACAUCGACAUUCAAUACCAUCAAACGAUAAUCACUAUCUGAAUUAUUUAAGUCGUCAGUCAAUUGCUAGCAGUGAUUAUCUACAUUCAAAUCUUGUUGGAACACUAAGCAAUAAACGACGCAAUCGGCUUAGUCGUAAUUCAUUGCCAAAUGAUUACCAAACGCCAGCAGAAUUUAUUGAAUCAGUUCGACGAGACCUCAAUAAAUUAUAA